AUGAGACUCAUCAGAAACCAGAAAUCUACACUGCUUAGGAGAUUUGUGGUUAUUUCUUUCCCAAAUCUCCCAGGGACUGCAAUCAAAUAUUAUUUUCUACAUUUUGCCAAAGGAGGAGCCAAGAGGGGAAAACAGAGGUCUGUAAAGUUCUCUUGGGAUGUCAGAACUUUAAAAUCUAAAAGAAAACAGACACAGAACAGGAUGAUAACAUCACAAGCUAAAAGUCAGAGAAAUUUAAAAUUACUAUCAUCCUUGUUAGAGCGAGACAGUAAAUACCAUCCUUGUAUCAAGAAAGCUGUAAGCAGCUGGGGGUAA